AUGGAAUCUAACCGUUCGUUAAUCUUUUCCUUUCAAUUUUAUCAUCAUGUGGAAUAUUUGGGCUCGUGUGGUAAGAUCAAUGACAGUCGCAUGUUUGGCAACGAACCGGCACUGCCAACUCUCUACGCGGAAUUGCCGGGACUGGUGCUCACAUUUAUCGCACUCAUUCUAAAUGGACUAUCACUGAUUGUGUUUUGUGUGGACGAAUGGGGUGGAUUGCGACUACGCUCAUGCUCGCCUGAAUCGACUUCUGCGGCGGACAAAACGACCAGAUCGACCGUGAUAGCCAGUACGGAUGCGACGCACGCUAACCCGAAUGUGUCGUUCGGGUUGAGCAAACGAUCCAAUGUGGCCGGAUCCAAACGAAGUUCCGUCACACUGAGUCUUCUUCUGCUCUGCGCUUGCGAGUGUACGUACGCAUUCGGGAAGACCGUGUUCCGUACUUCGCUAUUCACCACACCAUAUGCUAUCUCAGCCACAAUAGACUCAAUGGACGUGAUGGAAUCGAUGAAGCGACGUAUCGAGGUCUUACCCGUGUUGCAAAAUCUGUUCUUUUUCAUCUCCGAUGUCGGCCUGAUGUGCCGAAAUUGGUGCGUCUGUUUGAUCACAAUUGCACGAGCUGAGGUCGUGAUGUGGCCACUGGGAUCUCGGCGCUGGCAGCGUAUUUUACGCACCAGACGAUGGUUUUUUGUCUCAUUCCUGGUCAUCUUGAAUAUUGCCAUUGUGUUUGCCUACCUGAAGCAUUCCGAUUUUGUCGGGAAUUUGUGCUUUGAUCCGGCCCGUAUGCAAUUCGCACUGUGGAUGCACGAAUUCACAAUGAGUCAAAGUCAAUUCGAAUCGUUCGAGUUGUUUGGCUAUCACAUGCUUCAGAGUUGUUUGGCUUGGUGUCUGAUUUUCGUAUUCACUCUGAUCAUCAUUAUUCGAUUGAAACCGUGGAAACAGGACGUGGACAAACUGUUCUCGUCGCUGAAACAAUCACCUGCCCAUCAGUCGUUGAAAAGCAAUCCAGCCGCACAGUCAGUCAGUGCCCAGGCGGAUGCAAUGCGUCGUCGACAACGUAGCCAAAUCCGUGCCACUCGUGUGGUCAUAGUGAUCGUGGUGAUGUUUGUCGUGCUCGAGUUUGUCACAUUUGUGAGUGUGUGCUUUCAGUUUGCCGGCAUAGUGGGUGCACACAGUCCCACAAUGCGAACUCUGGAAAGUGUGGCCAACACAAUGGUCACGGCCGAUUCAAUUGGAAAUUUCAUUGUGUUCAUUCUGACCUUGAAACAGUUUCGGAUUAUGUGUCUCCAAUUGUUCUGCUGCCGGAAACGCCCGAUUACGCCGUCGACAAGUGUGGCCAUGCAUACACCGGGACAAAUAUCGACUGGGAACAACGUCGGUCAGUCAUCCGUCGUGGUCAGCACGGAACGAACGCAGAUUGAACUAGAAUAA